UUUCUACGCACAGGGGGGCGUGUAGAUUGUCACUGGUCACAUGACCCGGAAAAUGUGGGGUUUAAUUCCUGUGUUGGACUGCUCCCAGCUGCUAAGCCUCUGCCCUUCGCAGUACAAAGCCUCCAUCGCGAACCCCAAGGCGGACUCUCCUCCUCACACCAUGUCGGACCAAGCUUUUGUGACGCUGGCCACAACAGAUAACUACGCCAAAGGAGCGAUGGUUCUCGGCCAGUCGUUACGAAACCACAACACAACCAAGAAGCUGGUCGCUCUCAUAGGGCCGCAUGUUGCAGAACCUUGCAGAGAUGUACUAGGAACCAUUUUUGAUGAGGUGCGUGUGGUGGACGUCUUGGACUCGGGCGAUGCGGCUCAUCUGUCCCUGAUGAAACGUCCGGACCUGGGAGUCACGUUCACAAAACUGCACUGCUGGACCCUCACACACUACAGCAAGUGUGUGUUCAUGGACGCAGACACAAUGGUGCUGUCAAAUAUAGAUGAACUCUUCGAGAGAGAGGAGUUAUCAGCAGCGCCGGAUCCCGGUUGGCCAGAUUGUUUCAACUCCGGGGUGUUUGUCUUCACACCGUCCAAUGAGACGCACGAGAAGCUGAUCACGUUCUGCAGUGAAAACGGCAGCUUCGACGGGGGAGAUCAGGGGGUCCUCAACAGUUACUUUAACACCUGGGCGACGAAAGAUAUUUCCAAACACCUUCCCUUCAUUUACAACCUCAGCAGUAUCUCCAUCUACUCCUACCUGCCAGCUUUCAAACAGUACGGCCAUGACGCCAAGGUGGUACACUUUCUGGGAAAGGUGAAGCCCUGGAGCUACUCCUAUGACAACCAGAGGGGCGAGGUCAGAGGUCACUCCCUGCCUCCUGACCAGUGCCAACUGCACCCAGACUACCUGCUCCUGUGGUGGCAGCUGUACGCCAAAUCAGUGCAGCCGUUACUGCAGCAUGCCUACGGAGACUCUGCGUUCACGAGCGGCUUCGUGGAGGGCAGCGAGGAGAUACGUGAUGUUCAAGGAGAGCUUCACCAGGAUGUGAGAGAGCACCCGGCACCUCCACCCCCCCCAAAGCUUUCAUCAAAUGAGAGGAAGCAGCGUUGGGAAGCGGGCCAGAUCGACUACAUGGGUGACGACUCCUUCGCCAACAUCGAACGAAAGCUUGACUCCUUCCUGAAGUAGGGCACCGGGGAUGGAGCACGACGGACAGAGAGAGUGUGGGUGAAGAUGUAAGCACUGCUCGGCCAAUCACAGGGGCUCGAAGGGCAGGUGAUGAAUGUCUGUGUGCAACAUCCAGCCUCACUCUCUGCAUCCUGUCAGUGUGUGUGAAAUGUGAAGAUUCCCAUGCACUUCCACCAUUCAUUCUUCCCUCAAAAAUAAGUCUGAUAUUUCAGGAAACUUGCUCAGCCGCUUUCUCGCAGAGAGCUAGAUGAGAAGAUUGAUACCACUUGCAUGUUUAGAUGCUAAUUAUUAAAGGUCACCUAUUGUGCAACAUCCACUUCUUCAUGUCUUUUCUACAUCAACAUGUGUCCCCUCUGUGUAAAGAGAUUCUGGAAGUUUCAGGAACAAAGAUUCUCUCUCUUUUUGUCCUGACCCAGUUAUAUAAAAACCUGUCUGAAAAUGAGCUGAUCAGAUUUUGGCCACUUUAUGAUGUCAUAACGAUGUUUUGGCUUGGUAACCAUUAGCCAAUCAGCAACCAAGGUGAUUGGCUAAUGGUGCAAUGAUCUGUUUGGUGUUUGGAGCCAAACACUUCAGAGACAUGUUUUGUAUCUGAGACCUGUCAUAUAUUGAAAAACAGUAUACAAGGGGACCUUUAAGCUAAUGCUAGGAACCGGCUUCAUCUGUGGGCUCAGCACUGUGUGAGUGACUUCAUUAACUAUAUCACUCUGUAUUCAAACCUUAACGGAGAAAGAAACUGAAUUGUUUCUUAAGAAUCCCACAGAUAUAUUUGUCUACACGGCAACAAGAAGACUUUUAUUGCACAUUUUGCACAUACUUCAACUUCUUAUGUUUCUCUAAAUGUGUGUAAAUGUGUUUUAUUCUAAAAUUGCACAACUGUUGCAAAACAAAAUGUCUCCCCGGGAUGAAUACAUGAACCUAAAAAACGUUAUCAAUCACUACCACGUUGCAUUAUGUUGGAUUGAUCCGGCAUAACAGUUAUUAUUCGGUUUAUCAAACUAUAUAUAUAUAUAUAUCAGGCUGAAAUCAAAGCAGAAAACAUCCGUGUUCCCAUCGUGGUAUAUUCUUCUCAUCCAAUUUAUGCAAAGCGAAUAAUCGUAAGCGUGAAUCUGGUAAUGGAUUCACAGUCUGUCUUCCUAACCUGUGGGAACGUUAGCAAUAGCAGAAACAAAGAAAAAAAAAUUGCAGACAGAGCCUACUGUUGAAGGGAAUGUUGAUGAUUUUGAACUCCUUUCUUGCAAUAAGUCUCUUUAUCUAACCCACUUUGAAGCAGAUAUGCAGCAACUGGCUCCCCCUUUCCCCCAAAUCAUGUCAAUCUCGCUUCAAUCCGACAGAGUUCACCUCACCAGAGUACAUCUUAUUCUGAGCCUCUGACACUCACCAGCUCCCUGUGUCGUCAGCUUUGUAUCGUCUGGUUGUGUAUUUAAAAAAAGUCCAGUUGUGUUGCAUGGCAGCUCAGUAAUGAAGUACUUCCACACACAUCCUUCAGGGAUAGUUUCGUAUUUAUUUGUGUGGGAUUUAACAAUAGUGCGCUCCCCAGACAUCUGUGUUAUAUCCUCGGCAGACCCCUCGUCGGUAUCUCAUGGCCCAUUGUAACCACUUCCUGCCUGUAGUGUUGCCAGCUGCCUUCUGCCACUGUUUACAAAACCUAAUUUACUAUAACUGCUGCUAGUAGCACAACACAUGUGCAGAGUCCCUCAUUUCCUGUUACUGAAACCUCCUUACUUCACUCCAGCUGUGUGCCCUCGAAGAAACCAAUCCCAGAAGCUCCGCACAUUAAUAACAUUAAACUCCUACAGGAAGCUGGCAAGGUUGAGAUAAAAAUCAAAAUGUGAUUUUUUUCCAAGCUUGUCAACCUGGUAAAUCCCCAAUAUGCAUGAGUGUGGACGCGGAACACAUCGUAGUAAAAGCAGAUCUGUCCUGUUCCCCAUCCAGUAACUGUACAUCCCUGUUCAAGCGCUAAUAAAGAACUGAUGGAGAAUCACAUUUUAUCCAUAA